AUGAAUGCUUAUCUUCUAAACAGGGCCCUUGGGUCCAUUACUCCGUCGGCCUUUCAUCUCGCGCAGACUACACGCCUUGUCCACAGCCUUGAACCAGCCCCCGGAAUCCGCUUCUCGAGCGACGACAAGGCAAACACUCAGAUAGCGACUCCAGAUGCCCUCGUUGCUCACAAAGCAGGAGCAAACGUCCUAGCCCUUGAUCAAUAUGAGGGUCGCUUCAUGGUAUCCGGCGGUGCGGAUCCAUCGAUACAUUUAUGGGAUUUGGAGGCUCGAGGCUCCGAGUUGAGCUACGUUCACGAACCUGUCGCCUCGAUCACAAAGUUCUCCCAUGACGAAGCGCAUACUCAUGCGAUUACCUCCGUCUCGAUAUAUCCAUUUGAUCCUACACCCUCCACUAUUCUCACAACCUCGCAUGACGGCACCCUUAAGCUCUCCGCCCUACAGCCAGCCAGUAUCGUACCUGUCCAUACGUUCAAGCUCGAUUGUACGCCGUAUACGCAUUCCCUGUCCUCUCAUACUAGCUCGCCUCUACUUGUUGCGGUUGGCACGUCCGAGAAAGCUGUCCGAUUGCUCGACCUGCGUUCCGGCCUAUCCACCCAUGGCCUCCCUGGCCACAGUUCAGCAGUUCUCUCAGUAUCUUGGGCACCGCAUCAGCCGCAUAUACUGGCGUCCGCCUCCACAGACAAUCGGGUUAUAAUAUUUGACAUUCGUCGAGCAGGGCACAAUUCCGCAAUUGCAACUCUUGACAUGGAAGAUGCAGUGGGCCUCGUUGCCCCAGGGAGUACUCCAACGGCAUAUCGCAGUCGCGCAGCCUUCUCACCUCACGCUCGCGCUCACAACGGUGCUGUGACAGGUGUGCGCUGGACGUCUGACGGUACCUAUCUGGUGACUUCCGGUCAAGAUUCCCGAAUCCGUGUCUGGCAAGCUGCCACUGGAGCCAACACGCUUGCACACUUUGGUCCACGGAUUCAAAAUACCUCGUCAUCUCACUUGGCAGAAAGAGCCCCGAUGCUUAUACCGCAAGGUUACAUGGGUGUAGGCCACGAAACCCUCUUAUGGGCCAACUUUAGCGACUUCGACGACCGAGGAGAAAUCUUCAUGCUGGAGCUUCGGGAGGGCUCAUUUGUCAAGCGCCUUCGGACGCCAGGUCUUCUCUCCCGCCGACCACCAGGUCAAGGACGUUCUACUGCUUUAAGUGGUGCGCGCAUCAACUCACUAGCGUGGCGUGGCAACGGAGCUUCCGGCGAAGGAAUCGAAGUGUUUUCGGCCCAUGGCGACGGGACACUCAGAGCGUGGGUGUCACGGGUGCCAGAAGAAGCGCCAAGUGAGGAGGAAGAGAUGGAGCAAGCUACUCUCAAGCGUAAACGUGAUGUACUGGACGAGAUAUACCAAGGCUUCCUCUCCACUUAG